AUGACGUUUGCGGUGGAGGAAAUCAAUCGUAACAGUACCCUGCUACCAGGAGUGAAGCUGGGCUAUCGUAUACUUGAUAGCUGUAGCCGAUACCCCUGGUCUUUGCAAGCUGCACUGUCACUGGUUGGAGGAGACACAAGCAGCUGCAUCUUAACAGCCCCUGUGCCUCAAUCUGCAGCUUAUGAACAACCUGGAGAGACAACAGGUGGUCAGCCUGUUCCCUUGCUUAUUGGCGCUGCCACAUCUACAACAGCCAUAAUAGAGUCUCUGAUCCUGGGGCCUCUCUCUGUACCAGUUAUCAGCUACUUGGCGAGCUGCCCAUGUCUUAGUGACAGGCCCAAGUUUCCUAACUUCUUCAGAACAAUCCCCAGUGAUAUUUACCAAGCCCGGGCCAUUGCACAACUGGCCAUACGCUUCAAGUGGACUUGGAUUGGAGCAGUACUAGUAAAUAAUGAUUAUGGUCAAUUGGCAAUACAGACAUUUCAGGAAGAGAUUCAAGGGAAAGGGGUGUGUUUGGAAUUCAUAGAGACUGUCCGCAGAGAAACUAUUGUGCGUGAUGCCAGACGUGCAGCAAACACAAUUCAAGCUUCAACUGCGAGGGUGAUUCUGAUCUUUUGCUGGUAUACAGAUGUAAAGAAACUAUUUCUGGAACUGGCUGAGAGAAAUGUGACUGACAGACAGUUUCUGGCCAGUGAGGCUUGGAGCACCAGCGGUGAUCUUCUCCAAGAUCUUACCAUCUCUAAGGUGGCAAAUGGAGUUCUUGGUGUGGCCAUUCGAAGUUCAACUGUACCUGGAUUUGAGCAGUAUCUCAAACGUUUGCACCCAAAUCAUCGUCCUGAUGAUGAAUUCUUAAGAUAUUUCUGGGAAAAAGAGUUUGCAUGCAGCCCUAGAGCUACACAGUCACAUAGGUCUCUUCAGAAAGCCUCACUACCGACCUGCAAUGGGACAGAGUCCCUGGAGGGGAUGCAGCAUCUCUUUACCGACACCUCCCAGCUACGAGUGGCAUACAAUGUCUACCUUGCUGUUUAUGCUGCAGCCCACGCACUUCACAGCCUUCUCUCCUGUCCCAACAGAGACAGCCCUCUCAGAAACAACAGCUCCACCUGCUCCUCUCCAAAACACAUUAAACCCAUAGAGCUGUUACAGCACUUGAGCAAAGUGAACGUCACCACUCCACAGGGGGAAAUGUUUUAUUUCCAAGGGGCCGACAUUCCAGCAAAGUAUGAUCUUGUCAACUGGCAGAACACUCCUGAAGGGCCACUAAAGCUAGUUUUGAUUGGUCGCGUGGAUGGGUUUGAUCUGCACCUUAAUGAGUCAGCUAUUCAGUGGAGCACAGGAUCCAAUCAGGUGCCUAUUUCAGUGUGCAGUGAGAGCUGCCCCCCAGGUACCCGAAAGGCCAACAGGAAAGGGGAACCUGUCUGCUGCUUUGACUGUAUCCCAUGUGCUGAAGGGGAGAUUAAUAACAAAACUGGUUCCCUUCAGUGUGAGCGUUGUCCAUCGGAGUUUUGGUCCAAUGCUAACCAAACUGCCUGCAUCCCUCGCCAACUGGACUUUCUUUCCUUUAAUGAAACUUUGGGCAUUACUUUGACCACAGCAGCUGUGUGUGGUGCCAUUGUGACAACAGCUGUCUCUGUGGUUUUUCUUUCCUACCGUCAAACACCUAUGGUACGAGCCAACAAUUCAGAACUGAGCUUCCUGCUUCUUCUGUCGCUGAAACUCUGCUUCCUGUGCUCACUGGUGUUCAUUGGUCAUCCAUCAGUCUGGUCUUGUCAGUUCCAGCAGGCAGCAUUUGGGAUCAGUUUUGUACUUUGUGUUUCCUGCCUCCUGGUCAAGACCAUAGUGGUUCUGGCUGUUUUCCGCUCAGCUCGGCCCGGUGCUGAAAGCUUGAUGAAGUGGUUUGGUCCAGGCCAACAAAGAGGAAGUGUCUGCCUCUUCACCUGUAUACAGGUUAUCAUCUGUGUCAUAUGGCUGUCUCUCAGUCCCCCUGUGCCUCAACGUGAUCUGGGUUUCCAAGGGUCAAAGGUCACUCUGGAGUGUGCCAUGACCUCUGUGGUGGGCUUCUCUCUGGUUCUGGGUUACAUUGGCCUGCUGGCCUGCACCUGCCUCAUCUUGGCCUUUCUUGCAAGGAAACUCCCCGACAACUUCAAUGAGGCCAAACUGAUCACCUUCAGCAUGCUGAUCUUCUGUGCUGUCUGGGUGACCUUUGUCCCUGCUUAUGUUAGCUCUCCUGGGAAAUAUGUUGUUGCUGUGGAAAUUUUUGCAAUACUGGCCUCAAGCUAUGGUUUAUUGUUCUGCAUUUUUGCUCCAAAAUGUUUCAUCAUACUUUUGAGGCCUGAGAAAAACACUAAGAAACACCUGAUGGCCAGAUAGUGUUUCUGGCUUGAAUGUGAGCAUAUGACUGUGAUAUUUGUCCGGUGGAGACAAUGCCCCUCCCCACUACCCAUCCUGUAUAGUCAUUUGGUGGACAAUAGUACAGGAUCUAAGUUGCCCCAAACAGGUACAUGUGUAUUUGUUACAUCAAUUCCUUUCAUCUAAAUAACACUAAUUAUUAAUGUCCUUAGCUGUAUGAAGUUAAAAAUGUCUCAGGCACACAUAUUGUAGUUAUGGCUUUCAUUAGUAUUAACUAAGAAUGUUUCUGCUGUUGUAGAUGUUGUUAAAUGCAAAUAUAACAUUACUAAUCAACCAUUGAAGUAAAAUACACGUUUAAAUAAAGUGCUGCUCACUAAAAAUGUGAUUGAUUUAUUUAAUA